AUGUCUACCACAGCGACCACACAACACAAGCUCUUGAUAGCCAACCGGGGCGAGAUAGCGGUCCGCAUUCUACGCACAGCAAAGCGUCUCCUCAUACCAACUGUGGCCAUUUACACCCGCUCCGACGCAACCUCUCCUCAUGUCCAACUUGCUGACGAAGCCGCUGCGCUGCGGCCGGAAGACGUAGACCCAGUGUCCAACGCGCGGGGUUACGUAGAUGCGGAAGCCAUCGUUGCUAUCUGCCGAGACCGCAAUGUGACGCUUGUGCAUCCCGGGUAUGGAUUCCUCUCUGAGAAUGCCCACUUCUCCAGCUUGCUGGCGGAGGCAGGUAUCACCUUUCUUGGUCCGCGGCCGGAUACUAUUGAGGCAAUGGGCUUGAAACAUGAGGCUCGCCUGCUCGCAAAGGAAGUGGCUGUCCCUCUGGUUCCGGGCUCACAGGGAUUGUUGGAAGAUGUUGAAGCUGCUGUAAAGCUGGCUCUUGAAAUCAAAUUUCCAGUGAUGCUCAAGUCUACCGCGGGUGGCGGAGGAAUGGGGCUUGUCGUCUGCCAGGACGCGGACGAGCUGCGUCGCAAGUUCACUUCCACACAAGAGCGCGCGCAGACGUUGUUCAAGAACGGUGGGUUGUUCCUCGAGAGGUACUUCGCCUCGGCGCGCCAUGUAGAGAUACAAGUAUUCGGAAAUGGCCUAGGACACGCGAUCCACAUGGGUGAACGGGAGUGCAGCGUACAGCGCAGACACCAAAAGGUUAUCGAAGAAACUCCGAGUCCCUUCAUGAUUAGACAUCCGGAAGUGCAGGAGAAGAUGUGUGCGGCAGCCAUCCGCCUGUGCAAGCGCAUACGAUACGCAUCCGCAGGAACCAUUGAGUUCCUGGUGGACGACAUGACAGGGGAUUUCUUCUUCCUGGAGAUGAAUACGAGGUUGCAGGUCGAACAUCCAGUUACCGAAGCCGCAAACCCCGGUCUUGACAUUGUUGAGCUCAUGAUUCGACAAGGAGUAGCUCAACAUGAUUCUGACGCUGGUGGGCUUCCUCCCGGCGAGCUAGAUCAGGCGCGUUACAUGGUGGCUCCGAAUCAAAAGCCUCUUCACGCAAUUGAAGCUCGUAUAUAUUGCGAGAAUCCCGCUGCGCAAUUCAAGCCUAGUCCAGGAGUACUCCAGUUUGUAGAACUGAUGAAAGCAGAAUGGCUCCGUGUAGAGAGCUGGGUUGAGACAGGUACAACGAUCACGCCCUACUUUGACCCCCUGGCCUGCAAGCUUAUCGUCACCGCCCCAACGCGAAGCGAAGCGAUCAAUCGACUGCUGGUCGCAUUGCAGGAUAGCAAGAUAUACGGGCCCCCAAAUAAUGUGACCUACCUCCGGGCGAUAUGCGAAUCCGACGCGUUCCGCGCAGGAAAUGCGACGACCACUUUCCUUGAUACGUUCACCUUCAUCCCCCGGGCCAUGGAUGUACUCAGCGGCGGGUUGGAAACUACUGUGCAAGACUAUCCAGGUCGGCGAAUUGGAAUGGGUAUCCCUAGAGGUGGCCCCAUGGAUUCGCUCGCCUUUCGAGUCGCCAAUGUUCUCGCAGGCAAUGCUCCAGGCGUGGAAGCACUAGAAAUCACGCUCACAGGAUGUCGAUUAUUCUUCCAUGUCUCUUCCGUCAUCGCCAUCACGGGGGCGAUAGCCAGAGUGACCGUCGACGGUGAGCAAGUCGAUAUGUGGAGGAGUGUGAUAGUUCCAGCUGGCGGUAAAGUCUCUGUGGGCACCGUCAAAGACACUGGCUUUCGGGUAUAUCUCGCUAUCAGGGGCGGUUUCCCUAGAAUACCAAACUACCUUGGAUCCAAGUCUACGUCUAUAGGCCUUGGUGGUUAUCAGGGCCGGCCAUUGACCGCCGGUGAUCAUAUCGCACUGGGAAACUGCUCGCCCGCACUAAAUGAGCAACAUAAGGCCUGUCCUCCGUCAAUGGUACCUACAUACCCGACAGAGUGGGUCCUGCACUGUCUCGCAGGUCCACACUGCGAUGCUGAGUUCGUGACUCUCGAUGGAUGCGAUGAGUUCUUCUCGGCCAAAUGGAAGGUCAGCUCCGCAAGUAAUCGGAUGGGAAUUCGCUUAGAAGGCCCACCUAUUGGGUGGGCACGCGAGAGUGGUGGCGAAGGGGGUUCUCACCCAUCCAACAUACACGAUAAUGGGUACGCUUUCGGCACGAUCAAUGUGAAUGGCGACACUCCGGUCAUCCUCACGAACGACGGGCCCGAUAUGGGAGGCUACACCUGUCUAUGUGCGAUUGUCUCCGAAGAUCUAUGGAAGAUCGGCCAGUUACGGCCUGGUUGCACCAUUCAAUUCAGGAGAGUCACAUUCGCGCAAGCCGUCAGUAUGAUUGGUAUCCGCGAAUGUUACUUCGAGCAAUUGUCACAGGUUAUCUCCGGUUCAGAACCUCCCAAUGUGAAUGUCUGCCAUGAGCUGUUUACAGCAAGCUGGGAGCCGUCGCUGCAAGAUCCCAAACUGCAUGUAAUAUUUGCUAGUGACCCGCGGCCGAUGGUCGUGUUUCGCCAAGCCGGAGAUUCCGCUAUCCUUGUGGAAUACGGCGAGCGGAAACUAGACUUUCGACUUCGGGCCAGAAUACACGCUUUCGAAACAGAGCUACGCAAACGUGACAUAGCCGGUGUAUGGCAACUUGCUCCUUGCAUUCGCUCGACGAUGAUCCACUAUGAUCCUGCUGUCAUCUCACAAAGCGACCUCCUACGCACUCUCAUACAAGUAGAAACUGGGCUUCCGGAUAGCCUCAGCGAGAUUGUGUUCCCAGCUCGACGUAUCACUUUUCCCAUCGUUUUGGAUGACCGAUGGAAUCGGCAAGCCCUGGAGAGGUAUAUGCGAUCGAUGCGGGACGAGGCAGUAUACCUGCCCAGCAAUAUAGCGUAUUUGGCCCGAAAUAACGGCCUUGAGGGCGGUGCGGAUGAAGCUCUGCAGCUACUCGUAUCUUCAGAUUGGCUCGUUUUUGGAGUGGGGUUCUAUGACGCCUGUCCGUUCUUGAUACCGGUGGAUCCAAGGUGUAGACUUGUCGGACAGAAAAUGAACCCUUCGCGAACAUAUACUCCACGCGGCGCAGUCGGCAUAGCAGGCCUAGUUGCAGCAAUAUACCCAAUCGAGUCACCAGGUGGCUAUCAGCUAUUUGGUCGUACACUGCCAGCUUGGCAAACAUGGGGCAAGGGUCGUGGUUUCUCCCUGCAAAAACCUUGGUUGCUACAACCCUUUGACCAGGUCCAUUUUGAGCCAGUUACCGAGGAGCAAUAUGUUGAGAUGGAAAGCCAAUUCGAUGCGGGAAGAUACAUCUUCAAGGUCGAACAAAGCAAUUUCUCGAUGUCGGAAUACAACACGUUUGUUGCUAGCGUGGCAGAUGACGUGGAGCGCUUCAAAGAAAGACAAACACGAGGGGUUGCUUCUGAAGAAACGCGGGAACGCGAAUUAUCCGCGAAAUGGAUGGCCAACAAGCAGGCAGCGACUGCUCAGGAACCUGCUGGUAGCGAGGAGUUCUCAGGAUUUGAGGGGGCUACGGCGAGUGUGGUGUCUUCAUUAUCAGCAUCCAUAUGGAAGGUCAAGUGCACUCCUGGAACAACAAUCAAAACACCGGAGGAUGUUGUGGUCAUCCUUGAGGCGAUGAAGACAGAGAUCAAUGUAGAGGCUGGCGAAGAAAAUGUAGGACGUAAGGUGCUUGGUUUCGGCAAAGGCGUACGGGAAGGCGCCCAGGUGAGCCCCGGUGAGGUGCUAGUUGUCUUGCAGUGAUAGUAUGUCUUGUCGGGACUGCAUAACGCCCCAAUUUUCGGGUGCUACCUAAUGACAAAUGACGAACGGAUGUAUAUAUCACAUAUCCAAUCGAUAUUUUGAUGUUACUUAUGCAA